AUGUGUGAUCUUAAAAAUGACCCCGGACUUUCAGUAAAUCAGAAAAUUCAGAACGAGAAGAAGACUACUCGUGUCAUUACUCGUGAUUCACACAUUGAGGAGGAAACUUCACCUCCAAAGGCUCAUGGUAAACGAUGUCCCAUACAAAAAGCCGAUCAUGCUUUAGACGAAUGCAGAGUAUUUCGUGAUAUGACUUUAGAUAAGAAGCGUGAAACUGUCAUGCACUACAACUUGUGUCUUCGAUGUUUCAAGGGUAAACACAAGGCAAAUAAAUGCAAAUCGAAUGUGAAAUGUGAAAAAUGUGGCAGUCGUUUUCAUAUGACAAUUAUGCACUACGACAGUGAGCGAAAACCAAAAGUAGAUCAUCAGGAUCAUGGCGGGGAGACUACUCCAAUGGCUAUAAAUCAAACCAUACAAAAUAGUUGCACACAACUUUGUGGGAAAAUCGAAGGAGGAAGAUCCUGUGGAAAAAUACUUCUAGUGAACGUAUAUCCGUCAAAUGAACCUGAAAGGGCUAAAAGAAUGUAUGCUCUUAUUGACAAUCAAAGUAAUAAGACACUUGCAACACCUAAAUUCUUUGAUUCAUUCGACUUGGAAGGACAAACAUGUAUGUACACACUAUCAUCAUGUAAUGGAACCAUAACCAUUACUGGAAGGACAGCAGAAGGAUUUGUUAUAGAAACUGUAUCCGGAGAUCAAAGACUUAAGUUACCUAAAGUCAUAGAGUGUGACGAAAUUCCAAAUAAUAGGUCGGAGAUACCUACACCUGACAUCGCAGAGGCUUACUCUCACCUUCGAGAUAUUUCAACACUCAUACCCGAAUUUGACAAUUCUGCGGAAAUUUCAUUGCUGAUAGGAAGAGAUAUGACUCAGGUUCAUCAUGUUUUGUCACAGAUAAUUGGUGCUCCAAACGAACCAUUCGCACAGAGGCUUAUUUUAGGAUGGACAAUUAUUGGCGAAGUGUGUUUGGGAAAAUCUCAUAUUCCAAAGUCGGUCAACGUAAGAAAAACAGUAAUUCACGAUGGCCGUAAUACCAUAUUUGAUCCAUGUGACUCCCAAUUCACCAUUACAGAGAAAACAUCAUUUCAUCAAGAUGUAUUUGCAACGACUCCAUUUCAUGAAACACCAGGACUUUCUACAGACGAUCGAGUCUUUCUUGAUAUCAUGAGCAAGGAACUGCAUGUAGGACCAGAUGGCAAAUGGACCGCCCCUUUGCCAUUUCGACCUGAUAGACCUGCAUUACCUAGCAACCGUGCUCAAGCCUAUCGAAGGGCUGUGAUAUUGGACAAGUCAUUUCAGACCAACCCAUCAAAGAAGGACCAUGCUAUAGAAUUUAUGAACAAUAUAUUUAAGAAGGGACAUGCGGAGAUUGCACCCCCUCUAAAACCAGAUGAAGAACAUUGGUUUUUGCCAAUAUUUGGUAUUUAUCACCCGAUGAAACCCGGAAGAAUUCGUAUGGUUUUCGAUUCGUCUGCGAACUAUCAAGACUUGUCUUUGAAUACAGUGCUUCUAUCUGGACCAAAUAUGACCAACAGUCUCAUUGGAGUAUUAAUGAGAUUUCGCAUGGAAAGCUUUGCAAUAACUGCAGAUAUUGAACACAUGUUUCAUUGUUUUGCCGUAUCCCCACACCAUGGAAAUUACCUGCGUUUUUCUGGUACACGGACAAUGACCCAGAUAAACCCCUUACAGAAUACCGAAUGUGUAUCCAUGUACUUGGCAAUACACCUUCCCCAGCUGUUGCCACCUUUGGCCUUCGACAAGCAGCUAUCACUGCAGGACCGGAAUUUGGAAAGGAUGUUUAUGAAUUCAUACGGAGGAAUUUUUAUGUGGAUGAUGCUCUUGUUUCAUUACCAAGUACACAUGAAGCAGUGGAUCUAUUACAACGUACACAACAAGCACUGA